AUGAGCCGGGCGCCGCUGCCCCUCCUGGUGGCCUCGCUCCUGCUGCUCUCGGGGGCCUCCCUCGCAGCCGGCCGCGUCCCGGACUUGGACGGCGGCAGCAGCGGCAGGGAGCGCGGUCUGAGCCUGCGGCUGCGGCUGCGGCUGCUCUCGGGAGAGGGCCGCGCCCCCCAGCGGCCCCCGGCGGCCCCCGGCCCCGAGGGGGCGGCCCCGGGGGUGCUGCGCCGCCGCCUGCCGGAGCUGAGCGAGCGCCUGAAGCGCCACGAGCCGCCGCUCUCCAUCGACCUCACCUUCCACCUCCUCCGCCAGAUGCUGGAGAUCUCCCGGGCUCAGAGCCAGCAGGAGCAGGCCGAGCAAAACCGCCUCCUCUUCGACGCCCUGGGCAAGUGA